CCUCCGCCGGUUGGGGCCGCGCCGGGGCAGGCGGACUGGAACCUGUCCGCGGCGGGGUCGGGAUGGAGGCAGCCGGGCCGCGGAGCAGGGACGUGCGGGGGCGAGUGGCGAGUCCGCCUGGCAGCCGAGCAGAGAAGAGCCCUAUGGAGAGCAGGAAGGUAUAUAUGGACUAUAAUGCAACCACCCCCUUGGACCCAGAAGUGAUCCAGGCUAUGACUGAGGCCAUGUGGGAAGCCUGGGGAAAUCCCAGCAGCCCUUACCCAGCAGGAAGCAAGGCAGAUGGCCACAGCUUCCUCUCUCCUGUAGCAUCCGGCAGGAAGGCCAAGGAGAUUAUCAAUGUGGCUCGGGAAAACCUUGCCAAGAUGAUAGGUGGGAAACCUGAAGAUGUGAUCUUCACUUCCGGGGGCACAGAGUCAAAUAAUCUGGUAAUCCAUUCUGUGGUGAAACACUUCCACAAAAUCCACACCGCAAAGGGGGACACGGCCGAGCAUCCCAGCCCAGUGGUGGCGGCCCUGCCGCACGUCAUCACCUGCACCGUGGAGCAUGACUCCAUCCGCCUGCCCCUGGAGCACCUGGUGGAGGAACGAGAGGCUGAGGUCACCUUCGUCCCUGUGUCCAAGGUGAGUGGGCAGGCGGAGGCUGAGGACAUCCUGGCGGCAGUCCGCCCAGCCACGUGCCUCGUGACUGUCAUGCUGGCCAAUAACGAGACAGGCGUCGUCAUGCCGGUAUCUGAGAUCAGCCGGCGAGUCCGAGCCCUGAACCAGCAGCGGGCGGUGAGGGGGCUGCCGGAGGUGCUCGUGCACACAGACGCAGCGCAGGCCUUGGGGAAGCGGCACGUGGAUGUGCGGGACCUGGACGUGGACUUCCUGACCAUCGUGGGGCACAAGUUCUAUGGCCCCAGGAUUGGAGCACUUUACAUCCGAGGGCUUGGCAAACUCACCCCUCUGUACCCUAUGCUGUUUGGAGGUGGACAAGAAUGGAAUUUCAGGCCAGGGACAGAAAAUACCCCGAUGAUUGCUGGCCUUGGGAAGGCGGCUGAGCUGGUGGCGGAGAACGGUGAGGCCUACGAGGCCCACAUGCGGGACGUUCGCGACUACCUGGAGGAGAGGCUGGCGGCUGAAUUUGGUAAAAGAAUCCAUCUGAAUAGCCAGUUUCCGGGCUCUGAACGACUCCCUAACACCUGUAAUGUCUCCAUCCGGGGACCCCAGCUCCGAGGCUGCUCGGUGCUGGCGCAGUGCCGGAGGCUGCUAGCCAGCGUGGGGGCCGCGUGCCACUCAGACCACGGAGACCGGCCGUCCCCCGUGCUGCUGAGCUGCGGCAUUCCCUUUGACGUGGCCAGGAACGCCAUCCGGCUCAGCGUGGGCCGCAGCACCACCCGGGCCGAGGUGGACCUCGUCGUGGAGGACCUGAAGCAGGCAGUGGCCCGGCUGCAGGGCCAGGCCUAGUGCCCGGGGCGGUGCCAGCUGGAGUCUUCCUUUGUCCUGGAGUGUGUGGGCACCGGACUCCCUCCCGUCCUGCGGUCACUGAGGGAGGGGGUCUGCCGGGCAUGUAGACCCCACCGGUGCCAAGGGGCCCGGGAUAAGUGCCCUCAUGGGACUGUCACUGUCAGCUGCUGCCCAGGGACACCAGUUGGAUUAGAAAUGCUUUAGCUGCUUCCAUGGCUCCCUUCUGGGAAGGGAAGUGAGCUUAUCAUAAGCACCCCCUUCCUGGAAGGUGGCAUUUUUAUCCAAAAGAUAAAAUCCUAGUAUUUAUAAUUGAUUGUCAGCUGCUAUCAUGAAAAUAGGAAGCCUGAUUUUUGGCUGCUGUCCUGGCCUCCCCGUACGUGUUUGCUGAGAGGUCUGUCUCUCCUCACCCUCAGGACCCUUCUCAAGUCCUUCCCAGAGGCUGUGGGCCGCUGCGGUCAGGCCCUUUCACCCUUUGAUGUUCCCCCACUUCCCGGCCCUGACCAUCCUUCUGAUCACUUGCUGGUCACUUAGGCCAUCGGCCACUGAACACCUCCCCACCCAGUCCCCAAGCCCCUGCUGUCCUUUCCCUUUUGGUUGUUUACUCAGGGUUUCAGCUCAGCUGUCAGUCACGGGCGGCCAGUGCCCGUGUGAUGCUGGGUCAUUCCCGAGGCGGAAACUCUUCAUCCCUCACUCAGCUCCCAUCUCAGUUGUAUUCACAAUAGGAUUCUUUGAUCUUCACAGAUGCUUUGUGGUGUCUAAUUCACAUGAAAUUUCAUGUCUGUGGAGACAUUUACAUAGGAGUGCUUUUUUAAUUGAAUAACUUUUAACGUGUGGUUAAGAGGUGCACAGAAAUUCAUGAUGACAUUGAAGAAACAACAGUCAGAAAUUAGAUGAACUAAUAAAAGAUUCCAAUGCUUGUUUUGGACAUUUUCUAGUGGGUG